AUGGCUCAUUCUUGGGAUCACGAGAGAGACAAGCAGUUGCUGGUAGCCAUCCUGGCUGUCCAUUCUCCACUGGAUUUUGCCGCCAUUGCUAAAGCGAUGGGACAGGGUGACAGUACUGCAGGUGUGAAGAACCACGUCUACACCAUCAAGGCCCGCCUAGGGGCAGCAUCUGCGCAACCUGGCACCAAUGACAAGGCAGACAAGCCCAUCGGUCGUGGCCGUAAGGCUACCAAAAUUCCAAUCAAGCGCAAGAACGUCUCCGUCCCAAAGUUGAAGAAGAACUCUGUCGUUGAAAGUCAGGAUGGGGACGGAGAUGGCGAUAAAUCCAGCGGAAAUCCCACUAAGAAACGCAAACUCCAAGGACUCUAA